CUGUUUCUUAUCUUCUUCUUCUUGAAAAAUAGCAACCUAUAAAGUGUUUCUCUCAGACUCUGCUCUCUUCCGAGAAUUUGAUUCAAACUCGGCCCUGGAUCUCUCUUUUAGUUCAAGUUUCUUUUCUUGCUUAUGUUGAUUUUCUUUACUGGGAGGAAAAAUCUGGUUUUGGGUUUAGUUGGUGUUGAGUAAAGUUUUGGUCGUUCAUUUCUUUGCGUCUUGGGUUUUGUUAGUUGUGAAAUUUGGUGAACACCCAGAUGAGGUUUCGUUAGAAAUUCGGAGAAUCAUGCUUUAUAGAUGAAUGAAGUUUGAAAUUUGAUUUUAGCAGAGGUUGCAGAUUUGAGGUUAUUUCUUCCUUCACCACAACACUCUUCCAUCACUGUGUGUGGUAUGGAGACUGAAGAGACCCAUAACUGUGCGGGUCGAAGAGUUCUCAGAAGGAGAAAAUAGAAGAAGAAGGGAUCGGUGAUGUACUGGUAAGUCGGUUUGCAGCCCAAUAUCAAACUCGGUUACAAGCCCAACUGUACCGAACCGACCAAUUAAAUCGGUAUACCGACGUCUCGGUAUACCAGAUUUUGUGGCCGGUAGUGGUAUGAUUUUUUGCAUACGAGUAUAAGUGGUACGGUACAUGGUAUCGGCCCGUAAGCUUCGGUACCGAACCGAACCCAGCCCUAACCGCAACACGAGCAUCAAGAAGAGAAUAGCGAUUGUGCCGGGUACAUUAUGCAAAUCAACUUCAAAAGAACUCGCCAAUGGCUAGCUUGCAAGAUUUAAGCUAAUAAACACGGAUGUCGCAACCGUAUUAGGCUAGUACGGGGCAAACCCUAGGAGCCAUUUUUGAUCAAAUUCAGACGUUGCUUAUCAACUUUUAUGUACUACACUUUUAGUGGGCAUUGGAAGGGUUUUUAGUUUCCACACUAUAUCAAUACAAUCAACAUUUUGAUGGACCAAAUCUGCCUAACAUACUGCACCUUUAGUGGGCAUUGGAAGGGUUUUUAGUCUCCACACUUCAUCAAUACAAAUACAAUCAACAUUUUCAGGGACCAAAUCUGCCCAACCUCAACUCAACUGUAUUAGACCAAAUAAAUAAAAAACAAUAAAUACCAAGUUCAAACGUAAAUGGAAGACUUGACUGCUGGUGUUGUUGCUUUGUCAAUACUCGAGUAAAGUAUACGACGACUCGUAGACGUUCAGUUCCGACCUCCAUUCCAGAUGCACUACCGACUCUUCUUCUCCCUCUCUUCUUCUUCUUCUUCUUCUUCACAGUGAAGAGAGAGAGAGAAAGAGAUGCCAUUGAAGCCCUUCAACUCCUGCAGCAUCGCCUUCAUGUUGGGUGGCGCAUUCCUCAUCCUCUUCCUCUGUAGCUUCCUCGAAUUCCCUUCUCUCUCCACCUCAAUUCACCAACCCCCGAUCGACGACCCCAUUCUCUCUCUCACCCACUCCGCCCCUGACCCAUUCACCAAUCUCAUCUCUUCCUUCAGAAAAUGGGACUCUCAGGUGGGUUGUGCUCGUUUCAGAGAAAAGCACAAGUCUUUGGCCCAAAACGGGUCUUCUUCUUGUUCUUCUCUGCAGCAACCAUCUGAGUGUGGGAAGAAGAAGCCGCAGAUGGAGCAUGUCAGCGUUUUGGUCAAAGGGUGGACUUGGAUUCCUGAUAAUCUGGACAAUUUGUAUUCCUGCUCAUGUGGGUUGAGCUGUUUGUGGACUAAAUCGUCUGUUCUUGCUGACAAACCUGAUGCCUUGUUGUUUGAGACCACCACCCCUCCGCUUCAGAGACGCCAUGGAGAUCCACUUCGUGUGUACAUGGAUCUUGAGGCUGGCAGGAAGCGAUCUGGUGUUGAGGACUUGUAUGUUAGUUAUCAUGCCAAAGACGAUGUGCAGGCUACCUAUGCUGGUGCACUCUUUCACAAUGGUCGGAAUUAUCAUGUAUCCUCUUACAAAAACAAUGAUACACUUAUCUAUUGGUCAUCCUCACGUUGUCUGCCUCGAAGAAAUAAGCUUGCCAAGAGGCUUCUCAGCUUACUACCAUCCCAUUCAUUCGGCAAGUGUUUGAAUAAUGUUGGUGGUUUGGACAUGGCCCUUUCUUUCUACCCCGAGUGUGCCAAUGGUGCUGGUGAUGGCCCCCAACAAUGGUGGGACCAUUUACACUGUGCCAUGUCUCACUAUAAGUUUGUUCUAGCUAUUGAAAACACAAUGACAGAGAGUUAUGUGACAGAGAAGCUGUUCUAUGCUCUAGAUUCUGGUGCAGUUCCUAUCUAUUUUGGUGCCCCUAAUGUUUGGGACUUUGUCCCUCCCCAUUCUAUAAUAGAUGGCAGUAAAUUCAGCAACCUGGAGGAUUUGGCAUCUUAUGUAAAGGCCCUUGCCAAUGACCCAGUUGCUUAUGCUGAGUACCAUGCAUGGAGAAGAUGUGGCUUAUUAGGCAACUAUGUAAAAACUCGUGCAUUGAGCCUUGAUACAUUGCCUUGCAGACUCUGUGAGGUAGUUGGGAGAAAAGGUGGGAGAUAUGCAAGAGAGUUGUGACAUUUUUGGUCUUUUCUAUCUAAUUGGGAUUUUCGUUCAUGCAUCCAGUUUUAUGGUUGUGUAAAUUGUAUACAACUCAGAAAUGAUACAUGUAUAGCGUCCAAACUGAUUUAGGGUUAUGCUUGAUUAAUGAAAUUGUGUCUUUCAUCAA